ACGCUGAAAAAGUCAGUAGAUUCGGACAGCUUUUGCACACCUUACUACUUGCCGAUCUUUUCUACACGAAAAGUUUUGCACACGUCGCCUUCCGUCCAAUACAAGAGAGAAUAAACUUAUUGAAAUGUUCAGUUACUUACUGGUCGUUGUAUUGCUGCCAGCAGUUGUCUUUGGCCAUCAUCACAUCGUUCCUUGUCCAGGUGGACUACCAGCACCGACAGGAGUUCGAAUCCCAUUAUGCGCUAGUUUUCCUUGCCACAUAAACCGGGACGACGUAAUUGGUUAUGAAGUCGAUUUCGCUGCAACUCAUUCAACUGAUACGUUGACACUGUCCAUAACUGCAACUAUUCUUGGUCAGGAACGUCCAGUUACUCUACCACCUGGAGCGUCAAAUGCUUGCAACAGUUUGGUCAGGGGCUCCUGUCCAGUCACAGUUGGCGAGUCACUGACUCAAGGUACCACAAUUCCCGUGUUUAGCGAAUAUCAUGGAGGAAUUCCUGCACAGUUACGCUUCCAAAUAAGCGAUACUAUGCAUGGACAUGAACACGUUUGUGUUUGCACCCUGGUGAAUGUUGUUAUUCACUAAAUGGAUAAAAGAUGUGGAUGAAAUUUAUAUCAUCGCUAUUGGACAAAAGUAAAAUAUAAAAUUCUUAGUUUAAGUUUAAAUUGUAAUUUAAUUGGGUAAUAGAUUUAUUUAGUUGGGUUAGUUAUACAAUACAAGCACACAUGCACAAAGGCAAAAUCGUAUUUCAAUAAAGUAUGGAAUUUCGAUCAA